GAACCCUGCCUCAGCCUCCGCGAGCGGGCGGGCGUGCGCGCGCGCGCUUGAGCGUGUGAAGAGAGAGGAGAGAGAGAGAAGAGACUAGGAGAAGUGGAGAACAGAAGGGAGAGCGUUCAUGCACACAGCUUUAAAUUGCCUUCAACACAGACACGCUGAAUGCCAAGCUACUAUGCAAAAGGCGAUGCUGGAUACGAAAAGGGAGAGAAAUGCCCUAAGCGGUCGUUUUAGCAAUAAUAAUACUAUAGUACGCGCCCUUUAUAAAAGUAACUGAUACCGCACAAAAGCAGAGAAACGGAACGGGGGAGAGAGAAGCGGCGAACUAUGCACCGAGGAUGAUUUCUGCCAGAAAAACUCCGGAGAAGAGUCGCUACCACCUGCAUUAUCUGGUGUGGCAUAACAAACACCGGCAGCUGGAGAAAGAGCUCUCAGCGCGCGAGCAGAUUGAUUUAGAAGUGUUGGACCCACGGGGUCGGACUCCUUUGCACCUGGCCGUGACGCUGGCCCAUUUAGAUUGCGCCCGUCUGUUAGUCCAGCAUGGAGCUGAUGUCAGCAAAGAAAACAGAAAUGGCUGGACAGUGUUGCAGGAGGCCAUCAGCUCACGUAACCCGGAGAUGGUGCGGCUGGUGCUGCGUUACCGUGACUACCAGCGCACCACCAAGCGACUGGCGGGGAUCCCACGUCUGCUGGAGAGACUCCGACAGGCACAGGACUUUUACGUGGAGAUGAAAUGGGAGUUUACGAGUUGGGUUCCGCUCGUGUCUCGUAUCUGUCCGAGUGACACAUAUCGGGUAUGGAAGAGAGGCCAGUGUUUGCGGGUGGACACGACGCUCAUGGGAUUUGAGCAGAUGACCUGGCAAAGAGGCAAUCGCAGCUUCAUAUUCAAAGGUCAAGACUCCAGCGCCAUGGUAAUGGAAGUGGAUCAUGACAGACAGCUGGUGUUUUGCGAGACGCUGCCGUGCCUCUCUUCCUCUCCCGCCUCACCCUCCACCAGGCCCUGCACAAACGCUUUGAGCCUACUGGGGGCGCUGCAGCCGAGCGACGAACAGGUGGCGGCCCGUCUAUCCGCUCCCGUGGUGGCGACGCAGCUGGACACCAGGAACAUCUCCUUUGAGAGGAAUAAAACGGGCAUUCUUGGCUGGCGCAGUGAGAAAACGGAGGUGGUGAAUGGGUACGAAGCAAAGGUUUACUGUGCUUCUAAUGUUGAGCUGAUCACACGAACACGUACUGACCAUCUCACCGACCAGCACAAAACAAAAUCCAAAGGCGGCAAGACUCCUCUGCAAUCCUUCCUGGGUAUCGCUGAACAGCACAUGGGGCCUAACAACGGACACACUAUGGUGACUCAGAUAUCAUGCCCUGCAACAAACCCUUUGGCCGUGACGGCAGAGGAGUACUUCAAUCCCAACAUGAUUCAGAGAGACAUCGGCCAGCCCUGUCACCUCACCACCAAAACACAAAGGUUCAAAGCCAAGCUGUGGUUGUGUGAAACACACCCUUUAUCUCUGUCAGAGCAGGUGGCUCCUAUCAUCGACCUCAUGGCCAUCUCCAACGCACUGUUCGCUAAGCUUAGGGACUUCAUCACCUUGCGCUUGCCUCCUGGUUUCCCCGUCAAAAUAGAAAUUCCCAUCUACCACAUCCUGAAUGCUCGCAUCACUUUUGGGAAUUUAAAUGGUUGUGAAGAGGGUGGCUUGCCCCGAGUGGAUGCUGAAGGGGAUGGACAAAAGGACAGCCCCAGGACGGAGACACCAUCUCCAGGCAGUGACUCUUCCAGCGUGUCUAGCUCCAGCUCCACAAACUCGUGUAGGGCUGGAGAGAUCCCACCUUGUGUGUUUGAGGCUCCACGAGGCUACAGCAUUUUAGGAGGAAACCAGAGAGAGAAUAUUAGAGAAGAGGAAGAUGAUCUGCUACAGUAUGCUAUCCAGCAGAGCCUGAUAGAAGCUGGAUCAGAAUACGACCAGGUGACGAUCUGGGAAGCUUUGACCAACAGUAAGCCAGGAACGCACUCCCUGUCCUGUGACCCCAGUCGGCACGAAAGGUCUGCAGUCAUCACUGCUUUUCUUUCCCCGUUACCCAGAACCCCACAACACAAACCCAGCCCUGUGGAGAGCCCUCGCAGCACACCGACCAAUAAGCCGCCGCGCAGCUACGACGAGCAGCUGCGUCUAGCCAUGGCGCUGUCCGCCCGUGAACAGGAAGAGGCGGAGCUACGUCAAAGACGCGAGGAAGAGGAACUGCAGCGCAUCAUUCAGCUGUCACUCAUGGAGAAGUGACGGGGUUAGUGGGAACUGAGGGGUGGGAGAGCAUGUCUAGGGAUCUGGAACCAACUACGUUGGCCGUUCCCAAAAGCCCUACCCUCUCCUUCCAAAGAACUGGAUAAAAUGGGCCGAUCUCUGGUCCGGUCUGGAAUGAGUCGUUCAGAAUCACAGAGAAACCUCUGUCUUCACUGCAAGUUUACAAACACAAACUACUAAACUCAUGGCAAUCCACUGAUCGAUCAGCACCGGUCUGGUCUCGUAACAUGUGAAUGUGCAUUUAUGACUGAGACAGUCCACACUGCGUACCUUGGCGUCCUUUUUAAAAGACCUCAUCUGAGCACUCACCCUGAGUUCUUGCAUACUUGCCGGUAAAUGUGAGUUUUGGGGGAAUUUUGCCACUUUUUUUAGUUUUAAAUUAUGGACGAACUUUAAUUUUGGUUGCUAAUACACAUCAGAUUCAAUGCACUUGGAUUGAGGAGCCAUGAUCUCCUCACAGGAUGUGUCAGGGCAUUUACACACAAGAGUUUAUGCUGCAGCUCCAUCGAUCUUAAUGGGAAUGCCGCAUUCACAAAAACGUGGAAGAAAGAUUUGUGACACUUCCAUUAAGUUGCUUAAUAACAACUUUUGGUUAAUGCCAUUUCGUUAAUCGUUAAACUUUGAGGAUUCCAUUCGGGAAAACUCGGUUUGAGAUUCGCAAACAGUUUGUCUGUUUAGACCAAUACGAAAAACAUGGGUUAAAUGAAAAUGCCUGUUUUCUCUCUGAAAUUAGCUGCAGAUUAUGAAAAAGUGUAGUAUUGGGAACCAGUGGUGCUCAGUUUUCCAUUUUCGACAACAAGUUUUAUAGUGUGUGCAGACCAAAAGCAAACAUAAGUACUACAUACAAAGUCAAUGCAAAGACACGAAUAGACAGAAAUUUGUGCUGACCAAUGCUAAUGAUGCAUUUGUCUCGAAGUAGUAGAAAGAGAUGGGGGAACUUGAGAUGCCCGUAUCGCAACAGUUCUAUUUGUUUUAUUUGAGCAUUGUGAUGCAAAUGUUGGCUUUGCUUUUGGUGUGCACACUAUUAGAGAAGGUGCUCGCUGCAUAGCCAAUGGGUGGAGCUUGGCAUCCAGCUUCACCUCUCUGGACCUAAUGGGUAGGGCUUGAAGGUCCAACCACACCCUAAUUGUAACCCUAUCCCUAAUCAUAACUAGUUCAAGCUCCACCCAUUAGGGGCACAGAGGUCAAGCUUCACCCAUUUGACCCUGCAGUAAAGACAAUGUGGAGUUUUAUACAACAGCAGCAGCUCCAGAGAUUAAAAAGAGGAAAUUAGAUUAAAAUAUCUCUCCAAAAAAAAAAAAAAAUUGCGCAAUCCUCUGUGCACUGACAAUGCCAUGAUUUUUAAUUAUUAGUCAGAAUGAUAAUUCAAACACUGGACAAAUUGCUGUAAUGAUACACUUGACAGUUAAUAAGAAGAUUGAGUGAAACAAGCCAUUUUCAGGUACGUCGUUUAUGACUAAAUGAUUCUAUUGAAUCAAUCAGACGCUCAUUGCAAUAUUCAUAAUAUGUGUCCUAAAUGCACUUUUUUGGGGAAAAAAAACAUUAUUGGCAUACAAAACACUGUGUGCGCUCUACUUCAAAUGGUGCUAAGUUAAUCUUUCAUAUUGACUCUUAGGUACGUUAAUCAGUGUAAUUGUCACGACAUGCAUUCAUCCGUCUGUUCAAUCACUCAACAUCAACGUUUCUUUCUCUGCCUCCAUUCAGUGCUUCCUUCAACAUUACCAUCACAGCUCAUUGUCUCACGACUGGAACACCUGCGGUAGCUAAUCAAAAAUCUAAUUGUGCUUUCAUAAGGGGUGCCAGAUCUGGAAUAAAACAUGAAAGGAGGAAUCACUCACAGAGAUAAUGCCCUGAGCGAAGACGAAGCGGAAAGUUUUAUUGGAGAAUCUUAAAAUAGAUGUUUCUCCUUAGUCAGAUUUAUUCUGGGCCUGAGUGACGUGCCCUCAGGGUUUGAUGUUAUCAGGUGAAUCUGAAAAACAAAUUAGGAAACAUGGCCAUAUACUCAACGUCUGAAAAGCUUCAACACUAAAGCACAAGGGAUGAAGCGUCAGUUUUCAAAGGAAGCGGAUCUGAUGAAGGUUUCUGGAGACAGAGCUCCUAAUAAACACAUAGAUUUGAUCUUAUGAUUGUGCGACUCGUGAAUGCGAAGUUCAGUCAUUAAGAAAUGCUUGAUAUGACUCAACGUUUUAGUAAAACAUAUUAUAAGAGCAUUAUUUAACCUUUUUUUAUUUUGACUUUGGUUGAUGCUGUGGUUUGUGUGGAGUGCUGCUGUUGUGUUUGUAUGUGGCUAAAAUAUAUUGUUCACAUUUGUAACUUUAAGGCAUUCAGAAUAAAGGAUAUCUAAAUUAA